AUGGGCUGGUUCUGGGGAAAGAAUAGUCAAGAUGAUCCUGCGAAGGCCCUAGACGAUGACUUGAAGCAAUUCUUAAAGGAGCAACAACCACGGCCAUAUGUCCCUGCCGACCCUCCUGUCGAACAGCCAAAGCCUCAAGAGAAGGCCGAGCUGAAUCCAAAACCACCGGCAGCAGUUGCAGACCCAAGUCUGUCUCCUGAGGACAAACCGCUACCUGAAGCGUCCCUCUUUCAAGACGGCCGAUACAAGCACAUCUGGAAGUCCUAUGUCCCGCAGAAUGACAUCGCUGCGGCGACUUCUACCCCGGUAGAGAGAGUGCUUUCAGCAAGGAAGGAAAGAAAUCAAUCCAUACACAAAGCCGCACUAGAGAACUGCGCUUUCGAGGAGGAAAUGCAACAAAUCUGCUUCAAGGGCGGCAACCUCUCCAGUAGGGUGCGUGGGAGAAUGACCAUGUGUCACGAGGAGACCAAAGCCUUCAACCGGUGCUACCAGCUUCAAGCCAAGUUUCUGCAGGCAUUGGGAUACAUGACAAGCGCAACGAGUUCUGCGGAGGACGAAGAGAAGAUACAGAUGCAUGCAGACAAACUAUACCACCGGAUGAUGGACUACGAAGCUGAGGCGGAAGACGCAAAGCGCAACGACCAGCCCAUUCCACCUCUCUCGUCCCUCUUCAACCCCAACAGACCCGCGCCAACGAUCGAGCAAAUGGCUUUGCCUAAGGCAAUGGAGGACAAGAUGAAGAAGCCUCUCCACGAUUAUCCUCCGCACGAACGAGAACUAGCCGCACGAGCCGCCCUGCAGGAGGCCAGACUGACAGACCUGUAUGCCGAAGAUCUGUUCAAGUACUCGGUUUCGAUGAACGAAGACAGAAAAGCUCGACAAACCUGGUUGACGAGAAUAUUCGGCGAACCUAUCGGCAAAUUCCUAAUCCCAGAUCCGCCGAAAGACCCGAAUAUCAAGCCGUACAGUCUGAAAGAGCUUGAACGCGAGAUUUGGGAAGACGAGAACUUUUCGACCACGACACCGAAAGAAAAUAAUGGCUCUGGACUUGUCACAAAGACCGGGAAACGCGGCUGA